GCUGACGCACGUUCCGGGGUUCUUAAGCGACGAGGGUGGCGGCGGCGGUGGCGGCGGCGGCAGGGUCCCAUCGGGUUUCAGGAGGCGGCAGAGACCGCCGUCAGGGGUGGCGGGCCGAAGUCGGUCCUCCCUCGGUUCAGUCACGGUGUCCUUGUCUCACUGACUUCUCCCUCCUUCCACCACGGCCGCGCCACCCCAGAUCCAGCGGCUUCCUAAGCGGGGCAGGGGCCAGGGCGCGUUUUCUCCCGCGGCCGCCGUCCUGAUAAAUGAGGGACUUCGGGUUCGGGGUGCUGCAGACCGCCCAGCUCCGCAGCAGCAGCCCCGGGACCCCAUUCAGCGGCGGGGCGUACCGCCCCUACGCCGCAGGGCCUGCCGCGGCCACCGCCCCGCUGCCCUCCGCCACGCCCUUCGGCCGGCUCUCGCCGCCGCCGUUGCCUGUCACCGGCUUCUCGGAGGCCGCCUCCCCCUUCUCCAUCCCCCUCGGCUGCGAUCGGGCAGGCAGCUCGCUCGCUUCCUCUUCCUCCUCGUUCCCGGUGCAUCAGCCGACCAUGCAGGAUGAGCUGCUGCUGGGCCUGACACAGCAGCCGGCGCGGCCGCUCUCUGGGGCGGCGGCCGCGGAGAAACUCCCCAACCACCACCCCGGCGGCGGCACGAACGCGGGUGUGACCCACCUCCUCCCCUCCCAGGACUUCAAACCGAGUCUGUACCACCCCUCCUCCGCCUCCGCCUCCCCCUGCUGCUGUUGCCGCACCUCCUCCCCGCAGGACUUUACUAAGCAGCAGCAGCAGCAGCUGAGCAGCCAGAAGAGGAAAGAGUUCAGCCCCCCCCGCCUUCCCCACCCUCCGGACUCGAAGCCGCCGCCGCUCCACUGCCCCUGCCGGUUCAGCCCGCCACCGCCGCCCGGGCCACUCCUCCACUCGGCGCAGCUCGCCCAGCGCCAGCAGCAGCAGCACAAGCCGCCGCCGCCGUUCAGCCUCCCGCAACCGCAGCACCUCCCACCGCAGGACUUCGCCCCGCGGCAGCGCCUGGCCGACCUGCCCCCGCUCCCGCAGCUCACGCCCUCGCCGCCUACAGCCCAGCGGCGCCGCCACGGAGGCGCGGGCAGCCCUCGCAAGACCCCGGCCGCGGGCGAGGGCAGCGCCGCUGAGCCCCCCAAUGUGGACUUGGCCGCCUCGACGCCGCCGGUGAACCCCGCGCCGGGCUCCAUGGAGUCCCCCAACCACCCUCUACUCAACAGUCCCAGUAACCUCCUGCCCGGCGGGGCGCUCGGCGCGGGCGCCUUCAGCAGCCUGCAGAGCCCGGACCUUGGCGGCGGCGGCGGCUUCGGCGGCCCCUUCUCUGCGGCCGCGGUGCCCCCGCCGCCCGCCAUGAAUUUACCUCAGCAGCAGCCCCCGCCGUCCGCGGCGCCGCAGCAGCCGCAGAGCCGAAGGUCGCCCGUCAGCCCGCAGCUCCAGCAGCAGCACCAGGCGGCGGCAGCCGCCUUUCUGCAGCAGAGGAACUCCUACAACCACCACCAGCCUCUUCUGAAACAAUCUCCUUGGAGCAACCAUCAGAGCAGUGGCUGGGGCACUGGAAGUAUGUCCUGGGGAGCAAUGCAUGGCAGAGAUCAUCGUAGAACUGGGAACAUGGGGAUUCCAGGAACUAUGAAUCAGAUAUCUCCAUUGAAGAAACCAUUUUCUGGUAAUGUCAUAGCACCACCGAAAUUUACUCGCUCUACUCCAUCACUGACUCCAAAAUCUUGGAUUGAAGAUAAUGUGUUCAGAACAGACAACAAUAGUAAUACACUCUUACCCUUACAGGAUCGAAGUAGAAUGUAUGACAGUUUGAAUAUGCACUCUUUGGAAAAUUCCCUUAUUGAUAUUAUGAGAGCAGAGCAUGAUCCUCUUAAGGGUCGAUUGAGCUAUCCACAUCCAGGGACUGACAAUCUGUUGAUGUUAAAUGCAAGGAGUUAUGGGCGAAGACGAGGUCGUUCUUCCCUCUUUCCGAUAGAUGAUGGCUUACUGGAUGAUGGUCAUAGUGAUCAAGUUGGUGUUUUAAAUUCACCCACAUGUUAUUCAGCUCAUCAAAAUGGAGAGCGAAUAGAGCGCUUCUCUCGAAAAGUUUUUGUUGGUGGUCUUCCUCCAGAUAUUGAUGAAGAUGAGAUAACAGCUAGCUUCAGAAGAUUUGGGCCUUUGGUAGUAGACUGGCCUCAUAAAGCAGAAAGCAAGUCUUAUUUUCCACCAAAAGGCUAUGCAUUCCUUCUCUUUCAAGAAGAGAGUUCAGUUCAGGCACUAAUUGAUGCUUGUAUUGAAGAAGAUGGAAAGCUCUAUCUAUGUGUUUCCAGCCCUACUAUCAAAGACAAGCCAGUUCAGAUCCGUCCUUGGAAUUUAAGUGACAGUGAUUUUGUGAUGGAUGGUUCUCAGCCUUUGGAUCCCCGAAAAACAAUUUUUGUUGGAGGUGUUCCUAGACCAUUAAGGGCUGUGGAACUUGCUAUGAUAAUGGACCGGCUGUAUGGUGGAGUUUGUUACGCAGGAAUUGAUACAGAUCCUGAGCUAAAAUACCCAAAAGGUGCUGGACGAGUUGCUUUCUCUAAUCAACAGAGCUAUAUUGCUGCCAUUAGUGCUCGGUUUGUUCAACUUCAGCACGGUGAUAUUGAUAAACGUGUGGAGGUAAAGCCAUAUGUGCUAGAUGACCAGAUGUGUGAUGAAUGCCAGGGCGCACGCUGUGGUGGGAAAUUUGCUCCUUUCUUUUGUGCCAAUGUCACUUGCCUGCAGUAUUACUGUGAGUUUUGUUGGGCAAAUAUCCACUCUCGUGCAGGACGUGAGUUCCAUAAGCCAUUGGUAAAGGAAGGUGCUGAUCGCCCACGUCAGAUCCACUUCCGCUGGAACUAAGAAUAGCAAACUGGCGUCUGUUUAAGGAGAGAAAGGGUGCAUGUGGCUUACUAUGUUUGAAGAUACUGACCUGCAGAAGAAAUAAGUGCAUUCUUCUGCUUUUCACCCCAGCUAUGAAUACAUGCAUCUUUAUCAGCAGCCAAAACACUACAAGCCUCUUGUUUUUCACCAAAACCCUACAUCUCAGGCUUACUGAUUUUUGCGAUAUUUUCAUGUUAAAAUAAAAUGUUUUUUUGUAUUUUCUCCAAGUUAUUUUUAUAUAUAAAGUGAAAAUUAGAUAUGAGAAUGUUUUGCGCAGGGGCAACACAGUUUGCUGCUAUAUAGUGGGUGAAGCGUGCACUUAUUUCUAAACAUGGGUUUUUAACUUCAAGAUCUGCCCCAGUAAUUUACCAAAGGUAGCAAAAUAAUAGUGAAGAUGGAAUAUGUCUGCUACAAAUGCUUAUUUUUAUUGUUGCUAUUUUCAGUGUAUACAUAAACUAAAAAUUAGGGUUGAUUUUUUGCUCUCCAUUUUGACUUGCAAGAAAUAAUACCUCAAGAUAAUCUGAUUUAUUAGCUAUUUUUAAACAUUUUUAAUCACAAGCUGUAUUAGCUUUGCUGCUAUAUAGGUGUUAUGUGUAAAUGCCACCUAUUAAUACGGGAUUGAAAACGUUAGAGACACACUGCAUUGCAGAUAAAAUGCAGGCAGCACAAUAUGGCCUAAACUGCCAUAGUUUUAGAAUGUGAAAAAAAAAAAA